AUGGCUGCGCGUACAGAUGAUCCUCGUUUGUUGAGCCUGUUCUCCGCGCAGCGCGAGGAGGAUGCAGAAAUUGUUAUUAUUGGAUUUCCCUACGAUGAGGGAUGUGUGCGCAACGGAGGACGUGCUGGUGCCAAAAAAGGGCCCGCUGCAUUUCGAUUUUUUCUGCAAAGGUUGGGGUCCGUAAAUAACUUAGAACUUAAUGUUGAUGCUAGCCAUUUGAAGUUAUAUGAUGCUGGGGACAUCACGGCCAGUACGUUGGAGGAGGCCCAUGAAAAGUUGGAAAGCAAAGUUUUCACGGUGCUUGCCCGUGGGGCAUUUCCUUUUGUGAUUGGCGGGGGAAACGACCAGUCGGCCCCAAAUGGACGUGCCAUGUUGCGAGCAUUUCCUGGAGACGUGGGUGUUAUUAAUGUUGAUUCUCAUUUGGAUGUUCGCCCACCUCUGCAGGAUGGAAGGGUUCACAGCGGGACCCCGUUUCGUCAAUUGCUGGAAGAGAGUUCCUUCUCCGGAAAGCGAUUUGUGGAGUUUGCCUGCCAAGGGUCGCAGUGUGGUGCGUUGCACGCACAGUAUGUGAGGGAUCACCAGGGCCAUUUAAUGUGGCUGAGCGAAGUGCAUAAGAAGGGUGCUGUGGCAGCGUUGGAGGAUGCCUUUGGAUUGACCGGCAAAAACACCUUUUUUUCUUUUGAUGUGGACUCCCUGAAUUCAAGCGAUAUGCCUGGUGUGAGCUGUCCGGCUGCUGUUGGUUUGAGCGCACAGGAGGCGUUUGACAUGUGUUUUCUGGCUGGCAAAACACCGACCGUGAUGAUGAUGGACAUGAGUGAGUUGAAUCCCCUCGUGGAAGAAUAUCGGUCGCCGCGCGUCGCCGUGUACAUGUUUUACCACUUUGUUCUGGGGUUCGCCACACGGCCGAAGCCGAAAGCGGAAAAUUGA